AUGUUGAAGACACAGUGUAUCUGUUACCAUCCUACGAACACAUGUGCAGAAAAAGUUAUAGAGUAUCGCAAUUAUAUUAGCCGCUAUUUACCAAGAUAUCUGAAUAUCACAAACUAUCAACGGUUCAGACUAAAGUAUGCUCAGCAGUCUUCUCUAAUCGAAGGGAAAAAAAUAUAUCAGUCGUAUAUCAAUAACAUCAGCACGAGAUUUGGUCAACAUCUUAGACAAUCAAUCAAUGUUUUACUGAACGUCAAGCAAAGAAAGGCGGAAAUGAAGCAAGCUCUUCUAGAACAAGGCGUCGACCCCAAAAUCAUCGAAGAUCUUAUUUUCCAACAUGUAACUCAGACCACAAAAAAUUUCAAAAUGGCCAUCAGCACACGUCCCACAAACAUGACUUUACUGCCACAAAAUUCACAGGUAGAAAUAAAUGCAUACAACGCGUUAAGGCCUGUUUUGGAUUCGUAUGGUACAUCGUAUUCUUUUAAAAAACGCAGCAUCUAUUAUGAUGCAAAAGCGCAACCUGAAAAUCACUUUAUGGCAUUUGUUCAACUAGCUCGUCUCUUCGAAACAUUAGGUUUAUCUCCUUUUCGUUGCUUUCCUCUCCGUCGUUCAUGGUCUCCUGGUUAUGUACAAAUUGAUAGUAAGAUUCUUUGUCAAAACAUUCUAGAUAUCAGAUGGUCCAAUAAUAUUGAUAAGCUGGAUUACUGGAAGCAAGUGGUUGAUCUAAAUGCAAAACCUUUCAAAGCUCAAGAAGAGAACAAGCUCCUUCGGUUUUGCGGAACCAUUCAGACAGACGGUGUUGGUGUAACAGUUCUCAAGAAAAGAAUAGACAGGCAGUCAUCUUAUACCUCAACCAUAAAAGAGGCAGAUGAGAAGUUCAAGUAUAUUAGCGACUUAAGUGCUCAAGAACAUAAAGCUGUGCAUGGUCGGUGUGUUGCUAUUGAUCCCGGAAGAAGAGACCUUUUGUUUUGUGUCGAUGAAAAAUCUACUGUAGAAACUCCUAUUAAGUUUCGAUAUACUAAGCAGGACCAGGACAAAACCAGAAAAUCCAAAAAGUAUCGUAAUAUUCUACAAGCAAUGAAGUCGAACAAUCCAGCUGUUUAUCAAGCCGAGGAUUUUCUUGCAGAAUACCAAAGCAGCUCACUGGAAAUGGAGGGUUACCGUCGUUUUCUCGAACGUCUAGGCCAAAAUUACGCUGUCCUCGACAAUUUCUAUGGGUGUACAACAACGUCUUCUCAAAACCCACAAUUCAUGCUCCGGAAGUUGCGUUUAGCUGCGUAUUUUAACAAACAACGUGCUAACAUGCAACUUAUAAAUUCUUUAGAGAAAAAUUUCGGUAAGGAUGCGGUCUUUGUCUUGGGAAGCUGGUCUGCCCCAAACGCACGUUAUCAUGAACCAAUUCGAGGCAUCGGAUUGAGACGACUUCUUUUACGAAAUCAUCUUAGUCUACUACUCAUCGACGAAUUCAACACGAGCCGAUGCUGUCCGUCUUGUCAUAAUUUGAGUCUAAAGAAAUUUAAACAAAUCGACAAUCCUAGGCCCUACCAACGAAGCAACUAUCCUUUAACCCUUUGCCAUGGUCUUUUAAGAUGUAGAUGCACCAAUCAAACUUGUAUGACCAAGAUGCAGACCCAAGGAUUCCAGUAUAAGCUUUGGAACAGAGAUUUAGCCGCCUGUUUGAACAUGAUUUCAAUAAUUCUAAAUUUAAGAAACACUGGUCAAAUCCCAGAACGAUUUGCACGUCAUGUCCACUCAAAAACGUCCUCGAAUGGGUGA